AUGGAACCAUCUGCAUUAACUGCCAAACUACUCAAACUUCCCUGUGGCGUAAAACAUCCGAUGGAGAACCGGUGUGCAAUGCCUGUGGUCUUUACCAGAAAAUGCAUGGAGUGCAGAUGUUGGAAGGAUGAGGAGGAGGAGGAGGAGGAGGAGGAGGAGGAGGAGGGCAGG